GUCAGAUGGGCCCUUAAGUGACACUCGAUUAACCAUUAUUCCAUUAUAAAUUAUUCCAUGAAUUUAUGAAUCAGUUUAUGAAUGAUUUCUAUGAUUAUCAAUGACUCUUGUAACAUUCAAUGUUUGGAACACAAACACUUUGGAUAACACACAGAUGAAACACUCGAAGUUGUUUUCAAAACGUUCAGCAUGAUUUGCGGAAUCCCUAUAGUGAAGUAAGGGGGAACUUUAGUGAGGAAAGGGCCCUCGUGGUGACGUGACGUCACAGUAGCAGCUGGAUGCCUACCUGUGAGUCAUAACAUCGAUCGUUUGGACUAGCUUCUUUCAUACCUUGUAGUGAAAGCAGACGAUGCACGUUUCUGAAAAAGAAAGAUGGAACCAUGCAAAACAUCGCAAUGGUGAUUUACUCUGAAGAAUCUACCAAUGAGAGUUGGAUGUAGUUUUGAAAUUUCCUUUGACAGGAGGUAAAAGGGAUGUGGAUUUGGCUACUACUCGCCGUUCUACCAUCAUAUCAAGUAAAUGGCGGGUACUGGCUUUCAACUGCUGAAACGCACAUUCUGUUUUCUGGAGAUAUUGAAGUUUCCUUUGGAAUUUCCAUCUCUAAUCUCAGUCUUCGAAUCCAGUUGUUUCAGAAUGAUACUGAUGGAGAAAAAUCCAUUGCAACAAGAAUUCUUCCGACAAAUAUGAUAAAGGGAAAAAUUAUUUUUCCUUGCGGAACGUUUCAGGCUGCUGGUCAAUAUGUUUUUAAACUUCUAAAUGCUGCUCAGGGUGAAUUACUUACAGAAUCAAAUUAUGUUAAUGCAUUAUGGCCUGAAGUGGCUAUUCAUGUGCCUUUGAUGGUAGAAACUUACAGUUCUAAUGUUAUUGUUCAACUUUAUACCGAUCAUCUUAAAUGCAGACCUCGUGUAGACUACCAAAUAUUUGUUGAUUUACUUUACGAAGGCUCUGUGGUUGAUGCUUGGCUUAAACCCACCAUUCUUACAAGCAAACAACUAACAGACUGGAUGUGGAACUCUUCUUUUGAUGUAACAUUGGGUUGUGAAUUUUUUGACAGAGCUGGAAAUUAUUCAGUCCACGUGAGAAAAGACGCUUCCAAAAUCGCAUCGAGUGAUAUAAUUUUAGUGAUAUGGAGUCAUCGCUAUUCUGUGAGUGUUGCUAAAAGGUCUAUACAACCUUGCGAUGGAAGUCUAUCUGUAAUCUAUCAUUACCCGAGAUGCAUUUUGGAUCAAGACAGAAUACGUGUUUAUGGUAAAUCAGUAAAAGGCCCUCUAAAAUAUAUCAGAGAAAGCAGAAUAAUCAACGGUAAACACGCCACCAAGUUAUCUUGUGAUAUUUUUGAAGAUGGAUAUCAAGAGUAUUGUUUUAACUUUGUCAGCAUAGCUCGGAAUGGUGCAGUUUUUGAUCUGAAAACCCAUUGUAUCCCAACAUUGGUUGAAAGUAAGUGUAUAUCUAAAGUCUUAUAUCUACAUCUGAAUCUUAUAUCUAUAUCUGAAGUUGCUUUUCUUUUUCUAGAAGAAGUAACGGUAACGACGACAGAGCAACCGCAGCUGUUGGACGAUUGCCCUUGCGGCUGUGAAAAAAAUGCAACUGACAAGAUUGUCCUGAAAGCUGUAAUUCAAAGAUGCGAUUCGGAAGUAUCAUAUAUUAUGCACGCUUGGCCAUCAGGGCAUGUAGUUGUUAACAUAUUGAGUGUUGCAUUUCCAACUGAUAAUUACUGGCUGAUUAUUAGGGAUGGAAAAUCACCACUUGGUCCAGUUCUUGCAUUGAUGGAAGAUGUUACUGCGAGUAAUUCAAUCCAUUCUAUAACGCGCACAAUUCGACUUGAAAUUCACGUCAGUAACUCUACUACACUGCAAGAAGUAGUCCUUGUCUUCUCAGUUAUGCAAUCAGAAAUACCGAGAGAAAGUUUAGCAAUGGUUCGUCAUCAUGAAAAAAGUAUCAGCAUUUCAAGUAAUUUAUCAGCCGUCCAUGUUACAAUAAUUAUGUUAGCUACCGUCCUUUUUUCAACAACUGCCGUUUUAAUUUUGUUCCAUUUCUGCCGCUACAUGAGAACCAGUAGCAUUUCUCAAAACACCCAAGCACUUGAUAGUCCUGAACUAUUGACGUCCACUUCGGAAUUGUCCAUCAAAUCUCCGUCCAUUGGUCCAGAAGACUACCUUUACAAUAGUUUUAUAUUUCGCUCAUCUACAUCUCUUCAACCGAGGCUCAAAUGGGACAAACUACCUCCAAAAGUAGACGUAGUUAAUACCGCAUCACCAGUUCGAAGACGUAGUCGGCCCAUCAUAAAGAAUGCUCAGAGAGAAAGUGCCACACCAUUGACAGCUUCGGUUUCAGAACUUUCAACAACAGGCUCAGAUGAUGGUUUAGAAUAUGAUUAUUAUGAUUAUGGCUGUCAUCAAGAACCAGGUUCGUUCUUUUGUCCAGACCCUGUACUUAUGGGAUGGCCACCAUUCAUACCUUUGCCACCUCAAGGAAUAGAAGAAUUUGGUGAUUAUCCAUUGCAGAAUUUUACACCAUCACCAGAACCUUCGUGAUCUUAAUAACAAAAUCAAGGAGAGAAUUGUUUCUAAAUGUUUUAAAAUCUAAAUGUUAAGUGGUUAGAAAACUCGUAACUCCAUUUGUUUCCAAUAUUGAUAUUAAAUGUAAAGUAAAGCGUGCGUCGUAUUAAAAUAGUUUAUCAGGAAUUUCAAAAAACAUAAAGGUGGUAGAAAAACUGAAUUAUUACUUUUGCGAUCAUGUCAAAAUUUGUAAUAAGUCUAAGUGAACGCACUGAGCACUCACUUUAUUAUGAACACAUUUAUGCAAAUGAGCAAUUGCGUCACACUGUUGCCGCCAGAGAACUAGUAUAGUACUAGCUUGUUUUAGGAUUUUUAUUUUUUGUGCCUGGUAUUCUGAAUAAUACACCACACCCAGGCAUGUUUAAUGAAUACGUUCGGUAAUGCAAAUGAUUUAUAUCAAUAAAGGAAAGGAUAAUGCAUGUUACAAAAUUGUCGGUAUAAUAAAAUAUUAGAUUAGGGCUUAAUUUCGGCUCCUAAAUCAUCACCUCCUACACCAGAGUGUCUCCCCACGGUAUUUUAUACGUAGUCCGCGCAGAUUAUUUAAAAAGUGAUUCAGUUGUGCGCAUGAACCCAAAUUCUAUUUGAAAAGUAAUUGAGAGAAAUUUUUCAGGCUUUUUCUUAAACUGAUUUACUUUUAUAGCGAUCUGAUCAGACUAUUUAUAAGAAACCGUGUCGAGUGGUUGUCCUAGUAUUCCCACUCAGAUGAAUUAGUUAGAGCUCCUCUCGGGGCUGAUGCUAAGAUAGCUACCACAUAAGAGAUAUGAGUUGGCCCAGUCGUCCCUCAAAACUAAUAUAGUGGUAUAAAAAAUUUCAUUAUAUAAUUUAUUUCUCUUUUAAAAAAACAUUUCUGUUCACCUCAAUAAUUCAAUAACUGAAACACAUAAAAUGAGUUAUGUAAUGGAAGGGGCAAAAUGUAUAUAUAACAUUUAAGUGGUUACUGAACCAGGUGAAUAUCCCCUGUUUAAAUAAUAAGUAUGCCACUAAAACAAUUUUGACGGACCACUGGAAACUUCAGGUAUUAGGAACAAAACAGUUUAAAUUUAAUUACAUCGACAGUAGAAUACUACAAAAAGAAUUUUAAAACUUUACUACAGGUGAAAGGCUUCUUAACGAGAAAUUAAGAUUGCCCGCUCAGUGUACAUAUAAUUGCAAAAUCUAAGUACUUAUUUAUUUAUUUAUUUGUAAAAAGACAAUGAAAAGGAACUUACAACUGAUUUAUUAUAACGUUGAUACCUUUUCUAUUUAAUUUUCAAAGACUGGACAAAUUCUGUUUCAUAGUGGCCUUUUUUUAUACGUUUUUCCAACUGUUCUGAUUUUUUAUAAAUUUUUUUUUAAAGUUUCGCACAAAAAUGAGUCUAACUUUCCCCAGUAUUGAUAAACAUCACAGCAUUGACUGUCUGUCAUAUAUAUAUAUAUAUUUGAAUUAUAUGGGAUCGGGGGCUCUUAAAAACGCAUUUUAAAUUUCAAUUUUUUUUAUCAGAAAAUGAAACAGCAAAAGCAUACAUUUUGCUUCUACUUGAAAAAAUCUUUCACAAAUAAUCGUGAAACUUAGCAUCUAUGUUUUGCAUAAAAACGUUUGAAAGUUUUUACAUAUGGAAGUUACGAGUUAUUCUAAUUAAUAAGACAAAAUAUGUUUAUUAUUGUAGUAGAUUUUACCACCAGAGAUUUUAUUGUUUUAUUGUAGUCAUAAUCUAGUCACAUUAUUACAUAUCAUAUUAGAUAAAAGAAAGUCAUUCUUUAUGUAUUUGUUAAUGUGAGUCAUAUAAACCCUUUGCACACCCUUUGAGUAACUGUUGUUAGAUAUGCGACAUUCACAAUCAGGAAAUUUAAAACUUUUUAUAUCUUAAUGUUAAGUAAUCUUUUUUCUCAUGACUCUUAAACUGAGAGUUUCCACACGUCUUUGGCUGCUCAGACGAAAGUAAUUUGUUCACAAGUCGUCUUUGUUUAAAGAAAUGUGUAAGGAUAGCAAAAAUCAAAGCAUAAUGAAACCUGUGUAGUUAGCUACUUGUGUUGAAUUGCUUUAGUAGUCAGAUUAGACAGGUGGUCAACUUAUAAAGGUGGAUAGGUCAUUGUUUUUCUUUUUAUAAUUUCUAAUACCAUGUUUUUCAUAUAUUUUUUUAUAUAUUACACGUUUCGCUGGCGGCAAUGGGGAACAAUCUUUUUUUUUUUUUUUUCUGUUGAAUGAUAUUUUCGCGUCACUGAUUUCAAAUUUGCAAUCAGUUUUUUUUCUACAAGCUACAGCUUUUAUUCAAUUUUAAUAAUAUAUUUCUUUGAAUAUUUUAUAAUGAUAAUCGGUGUGGAACAGCGAUCCCGAUAUUGAAUUUACAACUCCCACUGUUCAAUUUUAUAGCUUUGUAAUUUUGAACUCAACCCAGAAGACAAGAGAUGUCCUGGAUGAAGCAUUGGGACAAACUAGCCUCUGUGGAGGAAUUUUGAUGGAACUAACCCGUAUUUGCGUUACAUGAAGAGGAAAACAACGAAAACAUCCAAAUGUUCGCUGGUGGCAAUGGGGAUUAUGACCCAUGGUCCGUAUACCACUGAUUAUAUUUAUACUUCAGCACUGUGGUCAGUGCGGUUCGGAAGCAGAUUCAUAUCAACCAGCCACCAUUGGGUCAACGCUUUGGGAGGCUACCGAUCUAUUUUCUGAUCCACCACUGUUCAAAUUACUAAUAUAGUCCAAACCAGGAUUAUUUAAAAUUCACUCAUGUGACAACUAAGUUUUCCCACUUCUCUGGCACGUAGGACGUAGUAGGAAAAAGUCGAUAAUACAUUUCCGUUACGGUCAUAUGCCUUAUGUUUUAAGUGUUAUUUUAUAAGGAGCAGGCAAGUGUAUAUCGCAGUAUAUAAACAGCAUUUUUUCAUCAACUUUUACGAAAAAGUAAAAACUAAACUAAAAAUAAUGUUUUGAAAGAAAAGUCUGUAGCUUUAGGAAGAAAAAAAUUGAAAUCCCCACACCCGGAUUCAGUCAGAUCAAAUAACUGUAUAAAUACAAAAAUGAAAAAUUGUUCCCUGGCGUCUUAGUCAAAAUAAAGAUAAACGUAAUGAAAAAUUUGCCCAAUAUAUUUUUAGAAAAUAAAUCAAUUACAGAAAAUUAAAGUUUAAUUAAACUGAUUAGUUUGAAAAAUCAGAUAUGCUUAAUUUCUUAGGCGUUAUGUGGAACUCUCUACAAUUCUAGGAAGUCUUUCAUGACUUACAUUCAAAGUAACUUGAAUUUGUAUUUUAAACGAUUUAGCACUUAUAGUUAAAUAAUUAGCUCUUUCAAAUAAUCUAAGUGCAAAGGGUUAACACGCUGAAUGUUGUAAUAGUAGCAUACCAUUGCAGGCACUCCAACUGCUUCGUUUUCAGCAAAAUGUUUAAUAAAUUGGUAGCGAAUUAAAGAGUAAAACUUUUAGAAUAAGGGUAAUAAUGCCCACUCUUUAAAAGUGCCACCACGUGAUAUUGGCAUAAAAAUUGCAUUUCAUAUGAUACCAUGAAUUGUUUAUAUAUAGUCUGGAAAAAUUACUUACAUGAAAAAUACUAAACUAAAAGUGACUUAAAUUUCGUUACCACUAAAAAAUACUUUUUUACAAAACGGAGCAAGUUAGCAUCGCCGGCAUUGUGUAAGAAACCCGUGCCAGCCUCCAAGGUUGCUCAUAAACUUGCAGAGAUUACCAACUAUAACUAUGUUAAGUUAAAUUAUUCGCUUUCAUUUUUUCUUCAAAAUACGCUUAAGUAGUAUUAAAUUCGCGUUGCGUCAUGGGUUUGCAAACAUUAGAUCGGCAUUCAGCGUGUUAAGUGAUAAUUUAUUAACUUGCACAUCAUAUAGCUUUAUUUUAGUGUGAUAUUAUUUAUUUAUACAGAGUAAGUGUGCGUUAUAGAUUUUCAAUUAAUAUUGAAGACGAAUUCAAUUAUUAUUUUGUUUGUUUCUAUUUUAAAUGUUUAAGGAUCUAUUUUUAAAUUUUGGUAUACUGCAUUUAAUUUAAAAUGCUCUUGUAUCCGUUCUUUUUUAUCAUAUGAUAACAAUGUUAAACAGGAUUACAAAGGCAAUCACCUUCCAAAUAAUAUUUUGUGCAAUUUUACUGAUGUUGAUUGUAAUAACUGUACAUAAUGAAAAAUCAUAAAAUGAUCUUAAAAAUA